CGAAUAUUUUGAUGAUGGCUAAUAUCAAGUUCGUUUUCGCUGACUCAAGUUUGAACCAAACCUCCCGAAAUCACUGAGGGAGAACACAGAGUCACCAAAAAGCUUGUCUUAUUCAAUGAAUAGCUUGCGUCGAAGUUAUAGCUGGCUUCUGCUGCCGGUGGUUGCUAAUAUUAAUAUAAGCGCCAAAGCGUCUGUAUCUCCUAAGAUUCAAUGGAGGGCGUAUUUGAGUUUCGGUUCACCUCCAAUGAGAUUCACAAGCAGAGGAAAUCAAAUUUAUUCCCCAUCUACUCAGCAUCGAUUCUCUUCCUCGUCUUCAUCGAAACCAGGGAUUGGAUUUGUUGGAUGGUACCUGAGGAAAGUUGACACUCACCCGUUCAUCACUAAAGGUAUCACUGCUUCGUUGAUUUAUGCGGCUGCUGACCUAACCUCUCAGACGAUUACAUUGUCAUCUUCUGGCUCGUUUGACUUAAUAAGGACAGCACGGAUGGCUGCUUACGGAUUGUUGAUAUUGGGGCCAUCACAGCAUUUGUGGUUUAAUUUUAUGUCUACAAUCUCUCCAUCACGAGAUUUUUUGUCAACUUUCAGGAAGAUUUUCCUGGGACAGGCUGUGUUUGGACCUACUAUAACCUCUGUUUUCUUCUCCUAUAAUGCAUCUUUGCAAGGUGAAAGUGGCAGCGAGAUUGCUGCUAGAUUAAAGCGUGAUUUGCUUCCAACAUUGUUAAACGGAGUUUUGUUUUGGCCAGUCUGCGAUUUUCUCACAUAUAAAUUUAUACCCGUUCAUCUACAGCCAUUGGCCAACAGUUCAUUUGCAUAUAUAUGGACCAUUUAUCUGACAUACAUGGCAAGCUUAAAAGCAGUUGAUAUCAAGUGAAGCAGUAGAAGAUUUGAAGACGCUGCCCUUUUGUUUUCAGGAACCAAUUCUUUUAUUUACCUUCUAGAGCAGUAGGCUUUCUCUAAAAUAGUGCUUGCUGAAAACGUGACGGCUCGUUUUGCACCAGCAAUUACUCUUUGCAAUUGAUCUACAUGUUACUUUAAAUAUGACUGCUCCUUUAAUUUUACUUGUGAAUGGCUCUUAUAAUUCACAUGCAACACUUUAAUUUGGGUAUGCUGCAAGAGAGGCCCUUCAAUUCAAGGACUUCUCCUAAGUCGCGUGACGGUCUAGCCUCCAGUGCAUUUGCUGUUUCUUUGGUUAUGUAAUUUUAAUGACGAUAUGUCAGACUCAUACAGAACCAGCAAUGAAUUUAUCUGUUCUUGGUACGUGAUAUUUAUUCCUCAUACAUUUGAGAGCACAGUUUCUUUUCUGACUU